AUGUCGUCGGAUCCCAGUGCCCCUCCAGCAGUGCCGCCCUUGCACUCCCCCAAGUCUCCGGUGUGGCCCACCUUCCCCUUCCAGCGGGAGGGCAGCCGCAUCUGGGAGCGGGGCAACCUCCUGCUGCGGGACCUGCCCAGCCCCCUCCCCACCAAGAGGACCAGGACCUACUCGGCGACGGCGCGUGCCUCCGCUGGCCCCAUCUUCAAGGGUGUCUGCAAGCAGUUCUCUCGCUCCCAGGGCCACGGGUUUAUCACCCCUGAGAACGGCACAGAGGACAUUUUUGUGCAUGUGUCUGA